AUGACGCCGCUGACCUUAGGCACUCAGGCCCCUGUGAUGAUUUUGUCUCCAUUUCUAGCCGCAACCUGGAACUUCACCUCUCAGUCCUCCGUGAGUUCCGUCAACAGAGAAGCAUCCAUCAUGUCUGCGUCUUUAGCCCCCGAAUGCAAUGAAGUCAAGGAGCGCUACGAUACAUGCUUCUUGAAAUGGUACAGUGAGAAGUACCUCAGAGGCACCGGAACAGAUAACAAUGAGUGUGCCGAUCUAUUCAAGAACUACCAAAAGUGUUUGACGGUCGCCCUCAAGGAACGCGGCAUAGACAAGCUGCUGGAUGAGGCGCGGGAAGACCAGAAAGACAACGAUGCGACAUACAUGGGACGUAAAUGUGAGUGCCGCAUCAGCAUGCACCCUCCCCAUUGCUGCAAUGUGUUCGUGGAGAUGAGAAUCUGA